GUUGAUCUACAGAUAAUAAUUUGAUUAUUUAUUUCUAGGAAACUAUCGCGAUUUUACUUGGUAUUAUUUUCCAAAACCAAAGAAGACGGAAAAGUUGAAGAGAUCGAUAUUGUCCCGGCUAAUUGGAUUUUCUUUGGCAAGAAUAACAGUUGUCGUUGUAAAUUUAUGCCUGGUCCAUUUGAUCAGUCGAAUUACAGCAAGCUUCAAGCGAUGGUUAAAAAUUGUGCUAAGCCUUCCUCUAAAUGGCCUGAUUAUAAUGUUGAAAUACGCGGAAGAGCAAAUUCAUAUGAAGAAGCUGAAGAACGUUUGAAAAUAUUAAACAAAGAGUUGUAUGCUUUUACGACUGAGAACGAAGAUUCCGCUAAACUACAGGCCUCGAAAGAUCUUAAAUUAUUAAAAAUGAAGUCAAAUAAAAAAAAUAUCGACAAUUUACAAAAAGAAUUGAACACCUUUGAAGUAGAAUUUGAUGAUACAGAGCCCUCAGGGAGAAAAAAUUCUUCAUUGCAAUUAAAUGAUAAAAGAAAGGGGAAAAAAAAUGAUGGAUCAUUUGACCUGGAUAGUGAUGAUAAUAAUGACGUUUUUCGACAAUCAACCCAGGAUUUAUCACACGAAACUAGUGACUCUUCACCUCCAACCAGUCGAUCAAAAUUGCUGAAGCGGAAAAGAGUGUCACCGCGAAAUAAAUUCAACAAUAAGAAGUUGAAGUUACAUAAUUCUGCGAAGAACAGCAGUAACAGUAGUUUUAAUAGCAGUCUACACGAUGACUCAAAUUCGAAGCAAUCACUUACAACUAAGUCACCUACGCGAAGUUGUAAAAUUGAUAAGUUUAAAAAUUCGAUAAAGAAGACGCCUGUAACUUGUAAAGAUUCAAUAAAAAAUAUGGAUGUUAUUACAUUUUUCACGAGCAUAAGUAAACAAAUUAGCCAAUUGAACUCUACUGUUGUUCAAAUUACUGCUGAGUUUAAUCAACUAGCUAAUGACACGAAGGAGAUAAAAAACAUCUUAAAAAAGAAAUGUUUUGGCGACGGUGUUGAUGGUGAUGAUUCUGUUGGCGAUGAAAUUAAUGAACCGAAUAAUGUUGACGGAGAAAAUCAAAAUACUGGUAAAAAAAUAAAAAAAUUUGAUUUUCCCAUCGAUGAUAACGAUACUUUUAUUGAUUUUAAUAACCAACUUGAAUCUAGUCCUACUUAUCGUAAGCAAGUCAUAAAACGCAUGUCUCAACUAAUAAAUAAAAAUAAUCUUUUAAAUAAGAAUAUGACGACGUUAAUUAAAGUCUACAUUUCAAGAAAAUUAGCCAUUUUAUAUGUUCCAUCUAAAUCCGUCCUGACUAAACAGAAAAAACCAGUAUUUAAAAAUACUAAAUUUUACAAAUGCAUAGAAGAGGUUAUGCGACAAAAACUGAAAAAUUCUUCGGGAAAUGAUCUCACUGAUAAGGAUAUUUUGGAUGCAAUGUCAUUAACGAUUCGAAAUGCUCGAGACUGGGAUGGUCAUCGUUUACUGAGGCUGAAAAAACUUGAGGAACCUGCAGAUAAUGAAGUUGAUCAAUAAAUUUUAUUAAUAUCGUUUUUAUACUUAAACAAUAGUAAAUGAUUUUACUAUAUUAAAAGA